GUAAUAUGAGGUGUGAUGCUUGUCUCUUGCGGUCAACAAUCUCAAAAGCAUCCCAGGUAUGAUGGCAUCACGAAACCAAAGAGUGCCGUUACGAGUGGCAGAAUUCAUUGUACUUGGGAGGCCAGUCCAGGAGUGCUAGCUAGACCAUGUUUCAAUAAGAUGCUGUCUAAAGUCUUCCUUAAUUUCCUACUAAUUACUAAAUUAGUGGGUUCAGUAUUUUAAUAAAAAGAUAUGAAGUCUUCCAUUUAAGGUCAUUAUUAUCAUUUGUUCUCAUCUUUAAGCAUAUAAUCUCUAUAAAUUAAUUUUCCCUGGAGUCUUUGUUACUCAAACUACCAAGCAUCUGUCUGUAUCUCUCCCUCUCUCUCAGUCAUGGCACAGGAAACAGCUGAAGAACAGAAAUGGAAGGGGAAGGCAACUACCAAUCUAAAAGACAUAACAGCGGAAGAAGUAUGGCCGUUCUUUGAAGAUUUCCUCAGUAUACAUAAGUGGUUACCAGGAGUUGACGCAUGUAGUUUAGUCGAAGGCGUAUCUGGAGAACCAGGUUGUGUCCGGUACUGUACUGGCACUGCCGUUCCAACAGACGGCAGUGAUGAAUCAGUGAUUAGUUGGGUGAAGGAGAAGUUAUUGUCUAUUGAUCCGGUCGAAAAGUGCAUUAGUUACGAAGUAAUCGAAGGGAACGUUGGGUUUGAAUCAUACAUAGCAACCAUCAAGAUUUCCUCCGGCUCUGAGGAUACUCAAGAGAAUGGUCAAAGCGGGUCAAUGAUUGAGUGGGGAUAUAUUGUUAAUCCGAUCCCGGGGUGGAAAUCUGAGGAUUUGGCUUCUUAUAUUGAUACUAUUUUGCAUACCAUGGUUAAGAGAAUGGAAGAAGCACUGCUUCAGGCUAAGUCGUAGUACGACUUUUGUUGUUUUAACUCAAGUUUUCACUUGUGCAUUACCUGAAAUAGCAUAGGAAUUUGAAUGUAAUAACAUAGACUUUCCUAUCAUCUUCUUUUGAACAUGAG